AUGACACCUUCACACUAUGUCUUCCAGCUUACAUGUUUGCUCCUGGUGAACGUGGGUCAGACAAAGCACCAUGUUUCCUCAGCUGUCCGACAGAAAAGCAAUCUAAUGGAAGUUAAAGCUGGAGACACUUUAACUUUGGAAUGUUUCCAUGACCCGCUCGUUUCUGCUAAGUUUUACUGGUAUAAGCUCAGCUUGGGCCAAAAACUGCAACUAAUUUCCUCCUUCUUCAAGUAUGAAACAAAUGUUACUUUUUACAAUGAAUUUCAAAACAAUCCACGUUUCAGCUUGGACAGUGAAAAGGGUAAAAACCACCUGACCAUUUCAAAGCUGCAACCUUCAGACACAGCCACUUAUUACUGUUCGAAAAGUUCUAUAUACGAUUUAGAAUUUAGAGAUGGCACGACGGUGAUUGUAGAAGGCUCAGGUUCUAACAUCCAGACUCUGGUCCGCCAGUCGGAAGCUGAGACCCUCCAGCCUGGAGGUUCUGUGACUCUAACAUGUACAGUACAAACUGGAAGCUGUGAUGGAGAAGACAUUGUUUACUGGUUCAGAAACUCUGAAGAAUAUUUUCCAGGACUUCUUUACCCCCAACGGCACAGGAACAAUGAGUGUGCAAAGAGACCUCUGGAACAAGCACGCACUUGUCUGUACAAUCUGCCUUUGAAGAAUCUGAAUAUAUCUAAUGCUGGAACCUACUAUUGUGCUGUUGCCUCAUGUGGACGCAUAGUGUUUGGAAAUGGAACCAAGCUGAGCUUUCAAGAUGGGGUGAAUUCUCUGUAUUUCAUGAGGGGAGCUUUGGCAUUCACCUCCUUUCUAAGUAUUUUGCAGGCUUUCUUAUUGUUCAGAAUUUAUAGAAGAAGAAGCUCAGAAGACUCAGAGUCUCGUUCCAGGUUAUCCCAACCUUACACAACAACUGCAGAGGGAGUCCAAGAUGAAGAAAACCUUGAGUACACAGGUUUGAGGCUCCAGAAGGUUUACACAUCAACAAGACAAAGAAACGAAAUGACUGACUGCGUGUACUCCAGCAUAAAGAAGUAGAACUGGACAAUGUGUUUGAAGUUUGCAUGACCAGGACAUCAAAAAUGGUAUGACUAAGAACUUAGUAAAAUUGCCACUGGCAACAACUUGCCUAAUUGGCACUAAAAUGAUUCCCAGCUGUAUAGCAGAGAAAAGAGGAGUGUGAUGUAAUGAAACGCUCGACUUUUCCUGUUUGGCUUGGAAAAUUCAGGAGGUUGAUCCAGGCAUGAUUUUUUUUUUUUUUUUUUUUUGCAGCACCGCACAGCCUCGGUGACCGUGGCUGUGAUGUGAGUGUACAAACUGAUAUUAAUGAUUUGGGUUUCUUGCAGCGCCUGUAAAGUAUCUGUACCAUUUUAAGUGUGAGCCCAGCGUGAGCCCCCAAUAAAUUUUCAAUGGAAAGAAGCAGUUUGGUGAUCUGAUUCCUUAGUUUAUUGGUUUAU